AUGGUCGUCUCUGUACACAAGUGUGGACAGCCAUAUUGCCUAUUCCCCGUGGAAGAAGGGAUGCAAUGUGACGAUUGUAAGAAGUGGUUUCAUAAAAUGUGCACCCGCUUAAGCCCUGCUGCUUAUAAAAGGUGCUCGAAACCCAAUUCUCAUUGGCUCUGUAUGUUUUGUUGCUCAAGUAAGACAUUACUCAUACAGGAAGCCAUCAGCCUUCUAGCGUUAGCUAAAAAGGCCGACGUAGGCCGUGCCGGCAACAUGGAUACUGAUAAUGAAGAUUGUAUCAGUGUCGUAAAUGCUGCCAUGGCAGGUACCAGACACCCAAUUUCGCAACAGGAAGCAACAAUUUGUACUCCGGUACAACCAAUGAAAGCCAUGCCAUUAAGUACUGAGGGACCAGUCGCUUUAGCAGCGACUGAGGACCCGGCUAGAACCACUAUCGUCCAGAAUAGUUCCAAUCUGGAUGCUGAGAAUAGUGGCAAAUGGAUUACGCGGAAACGCAAAAGAGACGGAAAAACACCCAAAGAAAGCGCGCGUAUAGUCGGUAAGUCAUCGUUGGACUCACGUCCUGAGCAUCAGGCAACUCCGCUCAAGUCCAUACGUAAGGAAAUAAUUAAUACUGUUGUGGAUGGAAAUAGUCUAACUUCACCAAAUGUUGUUGGGAGUAACUCGCUUGACCCACAUGACACUGUCAUAACGAAAGCUAAUAGCAAGAAGCCGGUAGCUAACCGGCAGGAUCUGACAUCACGGUCAAAGGCCGUGAACACGACGUUUAAGGCAGUUAAACAGAUGCCUAGUGUAAUCAUCUGGAACUUGGCAGAAUCGAAAGACACUGAUCCCGCUAAGAGACAUGCCCACGACCUGCAGUUAGUGGGAUCUCUCAUCAGAAAUAUACUGCCAGAAGAGGUCCCAGGGGUACAUAUCUCGAAAGUCAUCAGACUUGGUAAGUAUGUUGGAGACGAAACCCAACAGAGAAGGAUCCUCAAAUUAGUACUCGGUAAUUUUGAGGAACGGGACGUAUUACUAAAUAACUCACGCAAAACUCGUGACUCAAACAUUCGUAUUCGACCUGACUGGCCACUUGAGGAUCGGAUCAAGUGGAAGAAUGCCCUAACAGAGUUAAAAACUCGAAGGCUAAACGGUGAAGCGAACCUUACGAUUAAGGGUUUUCGGGUAGUCAGGUCUUGGAAGCCAAUGCUUCCGAGACCUGUGUGGGUAGAACGCAUGUCUCCAAAAACACCCUAA